GUGAUGGCCACGGAGAUGGCAACGGCUACGCGGAGAAGCCCUCGUGGGCAUUGGCGGACGAGAUGGCCGACUUGCGUGCCCAUUGUGAGGACCUCGAGGGCAUACUCGACGUGAUGAAGGAGGCGGAGCAGGACUACCUCAAGGAGCUCGGCGACCUCCGCCCCGCGGCACACGAGGCGCAGCGGCACCAGUCCGCCACCAGCGAGCUGCAGGGCGAGGUCGAGCGCCUGACGCAGGAGACGCAGCAGCGCGCGCUGCGGGAGGCACAGCUCCAGGAGGCGGCGCCUCGCGCGCCCUGCCCCUCGACUGCGCGUAGGAGUGGCCCUUCGCCAGAGUGAACUCGAGUGCGGGCCCACUGGGGCCCCCCGAUCGCCGAGCGCGCUGCGGUAGUGGCGUCGUGCACGCUGGUUGUUUGCCGCGCACCAAAGGUCACCCUUACCCAGGGUCGCUCGUGCAG